AUGACCCAACCAGAUGGGUUCCAGUGUCCAGGUAAAAAAGAUUAUGUUUGCAAGUUGAAGAAAUCUUUGUAUGGGGUUAAAGUAGUCUCCAAGGCAGUGAAUCUUCUCAGUGCUGAGUUUGAUAUAAAGGAUUUGGGUGCUGCACAGAAAAUUCUGGGUAUGGAGAUUUAUAGGGACAGAGAUAAGAAUAAGCUCUUCUUGUCGCAUAAAGGAUAUAUUCAGAAAAUAUUGUCUAGGUUUGGUAUGUCAUCAGCUAAGCCUAUAGAUACUUCUAGUGCUGUAAAUGCUUGUUUUUCAUCUGUGCUUUCACCACAGUCUGAAGCUGAGAAGGAGUAUAUGUCUCGAGUUCCAUAUGCUAGUGUAGUGAGAAGUUUGAUGUAUGCUAUGGUCUGUACUAGGCCUGAUCUUGCCCAUGUUGUUAGUGUUGUCAGCGGGUUCAUGGGUCAACCUGGGAAGAAGCAUUGGCAAGCCGUUAAAAAGAUUUUUCAUUACCUUAGAGGUAUGUCUGAUGUUGGUCUCGUUUAUGGGAAUUACACAGAGUGUUUGGUGACUGGUUAUUCUGAUUCUGACUAUGUUGGAGAUGUUAACAGUAGGAGGUCUAUGACUGGCUAUGUAUUCACUCUGGGUGGUUCUAUUGUUAGUUGGAAGGCAACCUUACAUCCUACAGUUACUUUAUCUACUACUGAAGCAUAG